GAUGCAAAAGUGACAUUUGAAGGACUUGUAUAUAUAUACGUGAAUCUGUGUAGUGAGUUAAACAGUUUUAUAGUGUUUUAUUUUCUUUGCAAUCUUUAUUUUAUUGCUAUUUUUAUUCAUUAUUAACGAGUAAAGGGAAAUUGUGAUUUUUUUUUUUUUGUUUUGUUUUAGGGGGAAGCUGGAACAUAUUCAUGGCAUUUCAAUUCAUUUAAAAUUAGUUAGGUUACAAGUUGGUCUCGGAAUGUAUAAAACUAGCAGGACAAAGUAACACUGGAUGACCUUUACAUCAAAUAUGCAUUUUUCUUGAAAAUAUUAAAUUUCUCAAAUAUGUGUGAUUUUAUCCAUGGACUAUUGUUACUUUUUUCUUUUUCUUUUUCUACGUAUGUGACUUUCUGAAAGACACUUUUCUUUCUCAUUCAACUCAAGCGAAGGCCUUUAUUUGUGUAAUACAUAUUUGUAAAAACCAUUAUAGAAAAUAAAAGGUCACACAUCCAAGUUCGUCACCUUGCAACGUCAUCGGAUGUCGGGACGCAAAACAAGCUCCCCUCGCGCAAAAGCAAAUGCUACUUAUGACAUCAGAAUGGGUGGAAUCGGGCUAGGAAACGUCACCAUAUCAAAAUCGAAUAAUUAAUAGUUGCUGUCAUAAAGGAGGUCGGCGUUCAUCACUCACCACUGCAAAGAGGAACAAUCACUUCCGGGUUUGACGCUCUUGCGUCCCUCAAGAUGGCUGAAGUUGAGGAAACUCUGCUGAGAAUUGAAAGCCACGGCAGUGUGAUCGGUACUAUAGUUGCCAAUGCAGAUGGUAUUCCCGUCCGGUCGACGUUCGACAUCUCCAAAGCCGGCAAGUACGUGGAGGUCCUUCGCCACCUCACCGCCUUGGCCAGGAGCACGGUGAGGGAUGUGGACCCGCAAGACGAUCUCAUCGUGAUGCGCAUCAGCACCAAGAACCAAGAGAUUAUGGUUGCGCCGGAGAACUCCUAUCUUCUCAUACUGAUCCAGAGAUACGAACGAUACGCGCGUACAUGAGGCUGCUGGGUGGCGGAAUAUCCUAGAAACGCGCUACUAAGAUGUCAAGUCCAGCGAGACCCAAAUAAAAGAACAAGUAGAAAGGGGAAAUAAGUCAUUUUUGCCUCCAUGCAUCUGCGAUUCCCAAUCAGUGCACCAUGAGAGAUGUCUCACAGGAAAUUUGUCUUCAUUGUACAAAAAAAAAAUAUGAGUAUUAUUGUAUCUUCGUUUGUUUAUGUUAGUGGUCU